CUGUCUCCCCCUCUCUCGUCUUCCCCUCUUAACUGCAAGCAAGCAGGCAAUGGGGACUCCGAAAUGGGUGGUCGCGCCAUUGGCGUUGCUGCUCCUCCUGCAGCUCGCCGGCGCGUCUCAUGAAGUCCGCCGGAGCCUCGAGGCCGAGGCGGCGUCGCCGUCCGUGCCGGCCUCCAUUCUCAGCCCCCUACUCCGGACGGGCUACCACUUCCAACCCCCCAUGAACUGGAUCAACGAUCCGAAUGGGCCACUCUACUACAAGGGAUGGUACCACCUCUUCUACCAAUACAACCCCAAGGGCGCGGUGUGGGGCAACAUCAUCUGGGCGCACUCGGUGUCGCGCGACCUCAUCAACUGGAUCGCCCUCGACCCGGCCAUCAAGCCGUCCAUCCCCACCGACCAGUUCGGCGUCUGGUCCGGCUCGGCGACGAUCCUGCCCAACGGCACGGUGGCGAUGCUCUACACCGGCAUCGACCGCCCGGGCACCAACUACCAGAUCCAGAACAUCGCCUUCCCCAAGGACCCCUCCGACCCGCUGCUCCGCGAGUGGGUCAAGCCCGGCUACAACCCCAUCGCCGUCCCCGAGGCCGGCAUGAACGCCACCCAGUUCCGCGACCCGACCACCGCCUGGCACGCCGGCGACGGCCUCUGGCGGAUGCUGGUGGGCGGGCUCAAGCCCGGCACGCUCCGCGGCAUGGCCAUCCUGUACCGGAGCCGGGACUUCAAGCACUGGGUCCGCGCCAAGCACCCGCUCCAUUCGGCCCUCACCGGCAUGUGGGAGUGCCCCGACUUCUUCCCCGUGCGCGAGCCCGGGAAGACGAACGGCCUCGACACCUCGGAGUUCGGCCCGCACUACAAGUACGUGCUCAAGAACAGCCUCGACCUCACCCGCUACGACUACUACACCGUGGGCACCUACAACAACCGGACGGAGCGGUACGUGCCGGACAACCCCACCGGCGACGUCUACCAGCGCCUCCAGUACGACUACGGCAACUUCUACGCGUCCAAGACCUUCUACGACCCCGCCAAGAACCGCCGCGUGCUGCUCGGCUGGGCCAACGAGUCCGACAGCGUCGCGCACGACAACGCCAAGGGAUGGGCCGGCAUCCAUGCGAUCCCGAGGAAGAUAUGGCUGGACCCGAGCGGCAAGCAGCUGCUGCAGUGGCCGGUGGAGGAGCUGGAUCAGCUGAGGGGCAAGGCUGUGAGCGUGGGUGACAAGGUCGUCAAGCCCGGCCAGCACUUUGAGGUCACUGGCCUACAGUCCUAUCAGUCUGACGUGGAGGUGAGCUUCGAGGUGCCGAGCCUGGACAAGGCGGAGCCGUUCGAUCCGGCCUACGCCAACGACGCGCAGAAGCUGUGCGGGAUGAAGAACGCCGACGUCAAGGGCGGGGUGGGGCCCUUCGGCCUCUGGGUCCUGGCCUCUUCCAACCUGGCCGAGAAGACCGCCGUGUUCUUCAGAGUCUUCAAGGAUGGGCAUGGCAAGCCUCUCGUCCUCAUGUGCAGUGACCCCACCAAGUCAUCUCUCACCCCGGGUCUAUACAAGCCGACUUUUGCCGGGUUUGUCGACACCGACAUCUCAUUCGGGAAGAUCUCUUUGAGAAGCUUAAUCGACCGUUCGGUGGUUGAGAGCUUCGGCGCCGGAGGGAAGACCUGCAUCCUAUCGAGAGUGUACCCAUCCAUGGCGAUCGGGACAGACGCGCAUCUUUACGUGUUUAACAACGGGGACACCGACAUCAAGGUGUCCAAACUAACGGCCUGGGAGAUGAAAAAACCCAUGAUGAAUGGUGCCUAAGCAGUAUAUACUGUAUAUGUUUUCUCGAGAGUUUAAGUUUUUGUUGAAUGACAUUUCGACAUCGAUGUACACCACGCAACUGAUUGCUCGUCUUAAUGAAGACCUCUUUGAGUAGAAGUGGUUAGAGAAAUUUGUUGUACGAUUCAUAGUUUCUGUCACGUGUUGUACGAAUAAACAUGAUCAUCCCACGCUGUUUUCAUAGAUAAUAAAGACCUUAAUGAAUUUCUUCUUUCCACUGA